AUGGAUGUCAAGUUAUGCGUCAACUCGUGCAAGAAUAUAUCAAAAAUAACGGCUUUCACUCUCCGACCACCAGAUCUCCAACAAAACAGAACAUUCGUGACGACAGACAACGAAACGGGAUUCGCGAACUAUACAAUAGAUUUUAGUGAAUUAAAUUUUGACAGAACGCUUAACGAAACUUUUUCGAAUUUGACAUUUAGAAAUGAAACGUGUAGUGAUGUGCAUUAUAAUCUGUGGGCGCUGUCGUUGAUAGUGUUCCCUCUGUUGACAUUAUUUGGAAACGUUCUGGUGAUAUUGAGUGUUGCUAGGGAAAGGAGUUUGCAAACCGCAACAAAUUACUUUAUCGUCAGUUUGGCGGUUGCUGAUUUGCUGGUCGCUGUUGUAGUUAUGCCGUUUGGAGUUUAUUAUUUGUUCAAUGGCGUGUGGUGUCUACCAGCCCUAGUGUGUGAUUGCUACAUCGCAAUGGACGUCACGUGCUCGACUUCAAGCAUUUUCAAUUUAGUCGCCAUUUCUGUUGACAGGUAUAUAGCCGUCACACAGCCAAUCAAAUACGCAAAGCACAAGAGCAACGCGCGUGUCUGGGCUAUGAUAGCAGUGGCCUGGUUGGUCUCGGGAGCCAUCGGCUCACCAGUAGUCCUGGGUCUCAACAACACUCCCGAUAGAAGUCCCGACCAGUGCCUCUUCAACAGCACCGACUACGUGAUAUACUCAUCGCUCGGGUCCUUCUACAUUCCAUGUAUCAUCAUGAUGUUCUUGUACUAUAAAAUAUUUAAGGCUAUUCGCCAACGCGCUAAGAAACAGCGAGUGGCUAAAACAUCCUCAGCGCUCAGUUCCGCCGUGUCCAGCGGUACAGCCGCUGUUGUUAUCGAGAACUUCGCGCAGACGCAGAAGUUCGUCGACGUUCCAGAAGAUAAACCGACCAACACUGCUUCUGGAAGCAAUGAAGAUGAUGAUGACAAUUCUAGUUUUAGUACUAGUUUUGAUAGAUCAGAGAUGGGCGUCUACGCUGAUGAUUUAGCAACGACUCGCUCAGCAAGAUUCAUGCUUGCUGCUGUCGUCGAGGAGACAGGGCUGAUAAUGGCAAACCUGGCUUCACCUAUCCCAAUGAUGGACCCUAACACGAACAACGACUCGGGGUAUGCGCCAUCCAACAUGGACGUCGAUAAGGAACACACCCCACCCCCCUCCCCGAUCAAGGAGGAGAAGAAACAAGAAGAAGUACCAAAGAAACCGGAGUUGAAAAAGAAGCUCAGUCGUAUCAGCAACAGUUCGUUAAUCUCAACGCCAAGGAGGAGAUUCAGGAGUGCAGCGUCCGCAGCGAGAUUUACAAUAUUCAGAGCGAACAGAGCUGGGAAACUGAGGGCAAAAUCUUUUGCAAAGAAGGAGAAAAAGGCGACGCAAACUUUGGCUAUCGUUCUUGGCGUCUUCCUGUUCUGCUGGGCACCUUUCUUCACCUGCUCCGUCUUGGACGCGAUUUGCACCAAAUUCGGCUUCAACCACUCCCCAGGAGUCACGGUCUUUAUCCUGACCACUUGGCUGGGUUAUAUCAACUCCUUCCUCAACCCAGUUAUUUACACCAUCUUCAACCCUGAGUUCAGGAAGGCGUUCAGAAAAAUCCUUCACUGCUCCUAGCGCGAGGAUUUUUACGUAGUAUACACAUAAUAGUUUGAUAUUGGUCGGUUGUGUAUGUUAGCGAUAUGUGUAAAUAAAAGAUUUAUUUUAAUUUUCAAUAUAAUUACUGUUAAUGUGUAGCUUUUAAUGUAUCAUAUUAUGUAUAGGUGUUAUAAAUGUAUAUGUAUAUGUAUACUAGAUGAUCC